AGGGGGAUAAAGUGGCACAGAGCCUGGCAACCCGGCCAAGUGCAAGCUAGACGCUAAUGGAGACGACAAUGUUCUAAGCUUCAUUCCUUCGCGUCUUUACACCUGACGAGCUGCAAACUUAAUCAUGGCCGGAAAGAGAGCGUUGGUCAUCCUGUCAAAGGGCGCAGAAGAGAUGGAGACCGUUAUUCCAGUGGACAUUAUGCGAAGAGCUGGGAUUGCAGUGACGAUCGCAGGGCUGACUGGUAAGGAUCCAGUCCAGUGCAGCAGGAACGUCGUCAUCUGUCCUGAUGCAAGCUUGGAGGACGCAAGCAACCAGGGCCCGUAUGAUGUGGUGGUUCUACCCGGGGGAAUGCCGGGCGCCCAGAACUUGGCAGAGUCUCCCGCUGUCAGCAAGGUGCUGAAAGACCAAGAUGGCAGAAAAGGUCUUAUUGCAGCCAUCUGUGCAGGUCCCACUGCUCUUCUGGCACACGGCAUAGGCUACGGCAGCACGGUCACCACGCAUCCCGCUAUGAAGGAGAAGAUGAUGGCUGGAGAUCACUAUAAAUAUUCCGAGGCGCGAGUGCAGAAGGACGGACAUUACAUCACCAGUCGUGGGCCCGGAACCAGUUUUGAAUUCGCCCUGACAAUUGUAGAGGAACUUAUGGGGGCUGAGGUUGCCGCUCAAGUCAAGUCUCCGCUCAUUAUGAAAGACUGACUUCAGCAGCGUUAUAUCCGCCAAGAACUGCUGUGUGUUAUGCACGCUCAUGAGCCACAACUUUAGGUACACCUAUCUUCAGUACAAUAUAAUGAAAUAUUACAAAAAAACCUCUACAACAACAAUCAUGGAUACUUUUGAUGGCACUGAUUUGGAAGGUGUUAACCAUACAGUACUUUUACUGCUGUGGUUGCAGUUUGUAGUGUUGUUGAACUGCACUGCAUCAUUCUGAAUAUUUCACUCCCCCUUGUAGCUAAUUUGGGUUACAAACACCUACCCGUGUGACGCAGUAUAUUUCCACACCAUUUAAGGGGAAUAAAUGACGAAAAAUGACUAAGAUAACUUUAGUUAUGUAAAAGGGGAAAUUAUUGUCACUUCCUACAAUGAUGGACUAAAGGGAGUUUCGUGUGAAUGGAAAUUCUGUGAAAUGUGCUCCGAAAAAAAAAAAAAAAAAAGAUUCUCAGAGCGUAGGGAAGGCCCCAAUUGUAUUAUAGAGGAGGGUGAGGUGUGCACUUUGAAAACGACUGCAUUAGAUGAAUAUACUGUACCCAAUGAUGUGGCUGGUGAGUGUAUACUAUUUAUAUUAAUAAUUAUAUUAAUAUUUGGGUGUCAAAGCCAGAGAUGAAGCCUUAGUUUGCACUUACAGCCAAUCUUGAUUUUCAUUCAACCGCAAAAUCUAACAUGAACAAUCACUGCACAGCACAGCAUUUACGAACAAAAUUCAAUAAACUCUGCUUUAAAGCA